UAUAUUUAACUAAGGCCGAGCAACGUAGAAGAAGAAGAAACAGAAAGGAAGAACAACAACCAAGUGUGAGAAGUAGGAAAAGCAAGUGCAAGGAAGAGAAGAAAGAUGAGCAGCAUUGGAACUGGUUACGAUCUCUCAGUCACCACUUUCUCUCCCGACGGCCGCGUUUUUCAGAUCGAGUACGCCUCCAAGGCCGUCGAUAACAGUGGAACUGUAAUUGGAAUAAAAUGCAAAGAUGGGAUCGUUAUGGGAGUGGAGAAGCUGAUAGCAUCAAAAAUGAUGUUACCUGGCUCUAAUCGUAGAAUCCUUUCCGUUCAUCGUCAUUCCGGCAUGGCAGUAGCUGGAUUAGCAGCUGACGGCAGACAAAUUGUGGCCCGUGCUAAAUCUGAAGCUACUAGUUAUCAAAGUGUGUAUGGUGAACCCAUUCCUGUCAAAGAACUUGCUGAACGCGUUGCAAGUUAUGUCCAUUUAUGCACUCUUUACUGGUGGCUCAGGCCUUUUGGCUGUGGGGUAAUUCUAGGAGGUUAUGAUAGAGAUGGACCCCAAUUAUACAUGGUUGAACCGUCUGGCAUCUCCUAUAGAUACUUUGGUGCUGCAGUUGGGAAGGGAAAACAAGCUGCCAAAACGGAAAUUGAAAAGUUGAAGCUGUCUGAAAUGACAUGCAGAGAAGGGGUCAUUGAAGUAGCCAAAAUCAUAUACAAGGUACAUGACGAAGCAAAGGAUAAGGCCUUUGAACUUGAGAUGAGUUGGGUCUGUGACGAGUCCAAGCAACAACAUCAAAAGGUUCCCGAUGACCUUUUGGAGGAGGCUAAGGCUGCGGCUAGGGUUGCCCUAGAAGAGAUGGAUGCCGAUUAAACAUGAGUGGAGCCAGAAUACUGUUGCAAUGGUAUUUUGAUCUUCACUAAUUUCUCAUCUGUCAUAAACUUGAUGUUUGAUUUAUGAUCCAAGUCAUUGACUGGUUAAACAUGUUUCCUUGUAUUAUUUCAUCAAGAAGAUCUGCCGGCUUUUUUAUUAGGGCCUUUGAUUUCGAACAA